GGACGUUCAGUAUGUACAUUCUGUUGCUUCGUGGGGUAUAGUAUUUUGAUAGUGUGAUUGUGUAGAGACAGUAUUUUAUAGUGACAAGAAAAAGUGUGAAACUCAGUCAACCUCAUGUUGAUAUUGAAGCAAUGUUGAAAUCCUUCAAUGUUAAGGUAGCUAUUUUGAAUGCCGCAUUUGCUUAGCAGCAAGUAAAAAGCAUGGCCCUGAUAAAAUCUUGGAAGAAUAUUUGGCCCAACAACCCACAUCUUGCAACAUGGAACACCGUAUCCAACAGCGAUUCUGAACCUAUUUUAGAGGCUGCACUUGAAAUUUGUAACGAAGUGAAACUUGCGCCAGAAUCAAUCGAAGAAUUCAGAACAUGGAUUAUUGAGGACAACCUUGCUGGUGAUGUGACAGACGCAGAAAUAAUCCAGGAAGUCACGACAGUAUAUGACGACGUGGUCGAGGAGGUAGUGCCGGAGAAAAACUUCACUAUCAGCUGUGAUGGAGCGGUAUCAGCAGCCAAUACUUUGCUUCGAUGGUGCGAGGAGAGAGAAUUAAAUUUUUCAAACAUUUUGAUGUUAAAAGGGAUUCAAGAACAAGCAAUGAAGGACUGUCUGCGAAAGAAGAAGCAGAAGACAAUCACAGACUUUUUCCAAGUGUAGAAAGCCGUAUUUUGUUUGAAAUAUUUUAGAUCAUUGUAUGUAUUACCUAGUUUUGUACAUAUUUAAUAAAUUACAUAUAUGCACUA